AGAGAGAGAGAGAGAGAGAGAGAGAGAGAGAGAAAUAGUCAAACAAUACGGAAGAGAAAAGAAAAAUCGAAAAAUGUAUUGUUUGCCAUGUCUCGUCGUUAUAGGUUUGCUCACGAGGAUUUGUUACACGGCCGCUGAAUCUGGAGGAUGGCAAGGGAUAUCAACAAAUUAUGGUUUGAGUUACGGUGGACACGAUGACAUAUCUCUUCACAAUUCUUAUGGAAAUAUUCAUCAAGACGUAAGCUCUUACGGUUCUUACGACUCCUACGGAGGUGGAGGCCAUGGCCUUAACUCGGGUCUCGAUCAUGGUCUGUACGAAGGUCAUUCUCAACAUCAUUACGGCGUUCAGACAGUACCGAUCAGCGAACACGUCGAGAUUACGAAGCCAGUGCCGGUGCCGGUUGUAAAAAAUAUCGGGGUACCGGUAGCUCAACCAGUUGCCAUACCAGUUCCACGUCCGGUAGCAAUUGGAAUUCCUCAACCAUAUCCGGUACAUGUACCGAUUGCCAAACCAGUGGCCAUACCGGUGGUAAAAACUGUCGCUGUACCUGUUGAGAAAAAGGUUCCGUAUCCGGUGGAAAAAGUGAUACCUGUGCCAGUCGAAAAAGCUGUACCGAUUACUAUUGAAAAGCAUGUACCUGUACCUGUUGAAAAACCAUAUCCGAUUCAUAUACCAAUUUACAAACACAUCUUCCAUAGAAUCAAGAGUCACGGUCAUGGUUGGAGUCAUUAG